AUGGCGGGGCCCGUCGCAGUCGGCUUCGCGGAGGAGGUGCUUGAUGAGGGGCUCGAGGAGCUGGACUUCAAGGUUGAGGUCGAGGAAGAGAUGAAGGGAGUGGAAGUCGCCGUGGAGCUUGAAAAAGUAGACGAAGUGGAGCUUGUCAAGGUGCUUGGGGCGGAAGAAGAGCUCGAGAUAGAGGAAGAGCUUGAGCUCGAAGAGGAGCUAGAGGCUGUGGAGGAAACCGAAGCUGCAGAGAAGAUGGAGGAUGAGGACGAGCUAGAGGAUGAAGAAGAGCUAGAGACCGUAGAGGAGCUGGAGCUUGAGGAACCGGAGCUUGAGGAGCUGGAGCUUGAGGAGCUGGAGCUUGAGGAGCUCGGAGCUGUAGAGGAGCUAGAAGACGAAGAGCUGGAGCUUGCUGCAGAGCUGGAGGCGGAAGAUGAGCUCGAAGCGGUCGAGGAGCUGGAAGCCGUAGAAGAGCUGGAAGAUGUCGCAGAGACAGAAGCUGCCGUAACGCCAGAACUCGACGUGGAGCUAGAGGCCAAUGUAGAGCUAGACACUACCGUGGAGCUGGACGAAGACGAAAUAGAGGCGGAGGAGCUAGAAGACGACGUCAGGGUCGAAGGUGAGGAUGACGACGUAGACGAUGUGACCGCCGCAGGGAUGAGUCCAGGAGUGGAAGACGUGCUCGUCGAGAGAGUGGCGUUGCUGGAGGAAGAGGUGACAGUUGAGCUGGACGCCGAAAGAGCCGCGGAUGUGGAGUUAGACGCGAUCUUGUCCUGCACUGUCACAGCGGUAGAACUACUGGCUGAGGUGGAUGCUGCGGUGGGCGAAGAUGUCGUCGCGGUCGUGGACGAAGACACGACGGGAGAGUACAUGUAG